AUGAGUAAAAGAGGUAAAGGUCACUUUUCUGAUGUAAUUUAUGCAACUAUAGUUCUUUUUGAAUACCGUACCAAUAUCGAACUUAUUGUUGUACCGCCGGCGUUGCUUUUACUGACAAAUGGUCGAUACUUCUUCUUAGAAAUGACAAGUACACACCGAUCAGUUCUUAGAAUCACAGGUGGAAAAAUUAAGGGGUAAGUGGCACAAUCCCUUGUUAUUUCAUGUCUAUUCUAUUUUACGGGUUGUGUUUGAUGAAUGCCCAGAUUCAUGGUGACGAACCAUCAUAACCAUGUGCGCUUCCACAACACUAGAUAAGCGUUUAUAAAGCUUUCUCCUCAGCUCGCCUCGUUGUGUUUUAUAUUCCAUAGCUACCACAAAUUUAACGUAAAGGGACCAGAAGGCACUCCAGUGAAUGUUUACCCUGAAAGUGGGAACGAAGAUCCAUUUGCGCUAGGAUGCGUUUUACCAGAAGUAGCUGAUAUGCCAUCGACACUCCAAGAUGUAAUAAUGGUAUCCACUAGCACCAAGAAGACAUAUACUUUAAGAGAAGUUGCAGGAAGGCAGAUUGGCCGUGUUCAAUACUUUCUUAACAGAGAAAUCAAACAUUUGCUGGAUUGCGGCAAAAUCAACAAAAUUGAAGGGUAUGUAACUGCAGCAUAAGAGUACCGGAAAUGCCAUGAUUACCAAUGCAGCAACUUGAAUUGUAAUAAUUAGCACAGCGUUCAUAUCAUGAAGAACAUAUGGUUAUAUUUCCAAUCUGAAAUUACGUGCGAGGGUAAAGGCAACAACAACAAAGAGGACACCGGUACAUCAAAAGUGGGAAAAAAAUGUCAGGCACAGCGGUGGAGCCUUUAUUCCCUGUACUUGGAAAAUCGAAUGUAAUGAAGAGUAUAUUGGAGUAGUGGAGAGAAGGCUGUCGCUAGUUGUUUCAGAAAUGGGAGAGGAAGGAGCAGAUAUGGUCGUGGAGGUACGUUGAGUGCGUGGUAGUCUGUUUUUUGUUCAACUUCCUAUAUGUAGCUUACAUAAUUGUUAUUCAGCCUCCCAAUAAUUUCCCCUCAGGGACCAGAGUUGUUUUUUAGCUAAGAACGAUUUACAAGUAAGGUAGCAACACUUCAGGAAAUAAACUCUGUCAAAUAUUACUUUUUAACAGAUUGUUGGACCCGCAUUAGAGACAUGUACAAGCGCUGAAGCCUGGAAGCUUUGCCGUCCACCAAGAAAGCAAGAC